AUGGACGCGGUAUCAAGCUAUAGCUUCGGAAACUUGGGCUGGCUCUCCAUGCAGGCCAUCCCCCUCAUCUUCUGGCCGAGAUUCAUCGGAAACCUCCUCCCUCUCGAGGACUACUUUGCCCGAUCCCUCGGCUUCGCUCUCCUCACUCUGGGCCUCCUGGUGGUGUGUCUCUCGGGAGCAGUUCCCCUGACAUCCGAAGAUCAAACACCUCAAGGAACGAUAUCACCGUACGCCAACGCCGCAGUGGUCCUCACAUCACUUCACCACGCCUCUGCCGCCUUUUACUGCUACAGCCGGUACCUCAGAUCUGACCAGACGGCCUUCGUCCUGGGUUGCCUGGGCAGCACCGUCUUUGCCGUGUUCGGGCUGUACUGCCUCCUGUUCGCUGGUGACAAGUCGCGCCGGAGCAAGAAGGGUUACGACAAGGACACGAGCUCGUUCCCUUUCAAGAACGCCGAGUCGUACAAGUCGAAGAAGAAGGGCCUGUAG